GUAUGACACCUGUGGUCAUCUUCAGUGUGACAAGAGGAACAGCAGGUUCAACAUGACGAAGACCACACUGAUCCUGUUCGCCGCGUGCAUACUGGGGGUCGUCAGCGCCUUCCCCCAGGGUGGCGGCGGAAGCUACAAGCAACCCGAGGGCUACUUCCAAUACGUUAAUGUCCCCGGCCACAAGGAGUACGAGUUCGGAUGGAACCGCGGCAACCCACACCAUUACAUUUCCCGGUUCGAGCAGGCUAAGGAUCACCGCUUCCGUACAAGGGUAAAGUGGUCCGACACCCACGAAGGAUACGGUGAGCACUACUGGGAGUACAACCACGCCCCAAAGUACCAAGAUGAGCACAAGAACACCUACAAAGCCCCAGAGCCCUCAUACCACGCCCCCGAGCCUGUGUACCAUGCCCCCGCACCCUCCUACGGCCCUCCUAAGGGGUAUCCUUCUGAGAACAUCGAAGUGAUUGUUGCAGAUCCUCAGCAGUACCAGUAGAGCUUCGGAGAGGGAGCUCCUGAAUGCCUGAGGUUGUCUGAGGCACGACCCCACUCCCCUCCUCUUCCCCUCUAUCGCCCCUGUCCGUCCAAGAGAUCACGUGACCAAUUUUCCUGAAUGUCGAGAUGAAAUCCCACUGUAAAGGUUCUCCCCCCACCACUCCCCUCCCACUUCCCUACCCCCCUCCUUUUUUGCCUCGCCACGAACAUCCAAACUUCAAUCACUUUUCGUUCAAAGUUGAAACGGACCAAUCACUGCUCAAUUUCAUUCAUAAAAAGGAAAAAAAAAAACAAAGGUAGAUUAAAAAUACGAAGAUCUCGCGUGUUGGCGGAUGAGGGUGUUUGUUAUACAUGAUCUAGUCCAGUGUGGGUGUUGUUAAGGUCGCUCUUGCCACCCACCCACAGCCCGUACUGCAUGCUGUGUCGUUUUCCUUGUUUGUUGAGUCGUGGGAAUUUUGUUGUAUUCAUUUUAUGUGUAGUAGAUUUUUUUUUCUGUUUGUUAUGUACACUUUUUUUUUCUAUUAAAAGCAUUGUAAAAA